AUAUGCACACGCUACGAGGUGCUUCUACUUUAGCAUAGAAGCGUUGGCGUUGUGUUAUUUAUCAUGGAAGAAGCAAUUCAAUCGACGAGUGAAGGAACUCAUCAGAGAAACAUCGAAAUCGUUGUCGAGCAGGAGAACGAUGGCGAUGAGAGCACUGUCAAGCUCCAACGUACCCUUACUGUCUUCGACGGUAUCAUGAUCAACGUCGGCAUCAUGAUCGGUACCGGGAUCUUUAUCUCGCCUAAAGGAGUCGUUGCCGGUGUAGAGAGCGUUGGCGCUACCCUCUGUGUUUGGGUGGCUGCAGGAGUAAUCACGCUACUUGGUGCGCUAUGCUACGCCGAGUUGGGCACCACGAUCCCUGCAUCGGGAGGUACGUACACGUACAUCCAAGUCAUCUUUGGAGAUUUUGCAGGUUUCAUCAACUUCUGGGCAGACACGGUCAUCGUAUCGCCAUCUUCCAAUGCCGUCGUUGCUUUGAUGUUUUCCAUCUACUGCCUGGAACCAUUUUAUCCCGACCCGGAUUGUCCACCCCCUAAGGUGGCCAUUAAACUCUUCGCCGUCUUAAGCAUCUCGUUUGCAAUGUUUGUGAAUUGCUGGAGCGUAAAACUGACUACACUCUUACAGAAUACUUUGUCCAUAUGUAAACUGAUACCUCUGUGUAUCUUGAUUAUCAGUGGCAUUGUCAAAAUGGGUAUGGGAAGCACUGCAAACUUCAAGCAGCCUUUUGCAUCCACUGAUAUCAGCGGCAUGGGGACGGCACUCUACUCCUGUUUAUUCGCGUACGAUGGAUGGCAAUCCCUCAACGUCGUGACCGAGGAACUCAAGAACCCAUCAAGAAACCUCCCAGCUGCCUUAGUCAUCUCAAUAUCGAUGGUAGCCUUUGUCUACACACUGAUCAAUGUUGCCUACUUCACAGCCCUGUCUCCAUCGGAGCUAGUAAAUUCUGAUGCUGUAGCCUUCACCUACGCGCAGCAGGUCCUAGGAAAAUAUGCAGUUAUAAUCCCUGUCACCGUCGUCCUGUCCACCUUCGGCUGUCUCAACGGAUCCAUCCUCUCCUCAUCCAGAGAGUUCUUCGUAGGAGCAAGAAUAGGUCACCUACCACAUUUCCUCGCAACAAUUGGAAUUCGUCACAAAACGCCACUCCCGUGUAUCAUUCUAAACUCCAUCAUCACUAUAAUCUGGUGUUUCGUGGACAACGUUUUCACCAUUAUUAACUUCUUUGGCUUUGUCCAGUGGUUCUUCUUCGGGGCCGCAGUCAUCGGUAUGGUGUAUCUGAGGUUCAAAGAACCCAACCGACCAAGACCUUUCAAGGUGAUCGUGGUGAUGGCGGGUGGAAUUAAUCGUUCGAACUCGGGAGAUUCCUUGGGAGAGCCCCCAUCCCCCAGCUCGUACGACUAUGACAUCAACAGGGGGUAG